AUGGUCGACACCAGAGAUCACUUUGGGGUUCACAUCGUCCAGAUGGCCAAGCAGAAUAGUACCCUGAUGAACGCCAUUCUUGCGCUAUCUGCUCGUCAGCUUAGUCGCACCACCGAUUUCGACCCUUACAUUGCAGAUGCCUAUUAUCAGCGAUGCUUUGACACGCUGAUUCCAGCACUGAACGACAACGUCACGAUCAAAGAAGAGCCAUUACUUGCUGCAACCGUCAUCCUGCGACUCUUGGAAGAGAUGAACAUCUCAAUUAUCGGCUCCGAUCCGCAAGGCCAUCUGUUCGGCACCCAAGCUAUAAUUCGCGCUGCUGAACAGUCAUACGCUGCAACGUCUGGCCCUGAUCGGCGGCAGGCUAUUUACUGGGCUGCUUUCCGUCAGGAACUGUGGAUCUCACUCAUGACGCAACGCGCGUUCAAAUUACACAUCUUUCCCGCUGAUCGCUCACUCGAGCCGGCCAAUGACUCCAUCUGGGCUACACGAACGAUUGCUCACCUCGGCGACGUGAGCAACUUCGUCUUUGGAGAAGGUAGAAAUAGCAUUGCUCGCUACAACCAACUGAUGGAUGAGAACAGAUCCUGGACACAGUGUAGGCCUGACAGCUUCGACCCAUACUAUUUCCGGCAAGAUCGAGAUGGUAGCGGAAGAAACUUUCCGGACAUUCGCUUCCACCAAAAGACCCACGUUAUGGGUACCCAGUAUAACCUCUUAGCUCAUAUGUUGCUGAUUGUACAUGAUCCGGCGAUUCCACAACUCGGACCAGCACACAAAGCAUCACGCGCUAUUGUGGAUAGAACCGUGCAAGACAACGUCCGCACACUAUGCGGAGUGGCCCAAUCGAACUCCAAAUGGUUUCCUUGCAAGUUUGUUGCCUGCUUCGCGAUCGCAUUAGUCGGCGAUCGCUUCACGCUUCGUGAGGAUCAAGAACAGCUUCGCGAUCUAUGGUAUGCCUGUGAACGAUCGCAUGGCUUUCCUCCCACAGCGGCCAUUAACCAACUCGAAGAGUCGUGGGGUUGGCACAACUCUUGA